AUGCCAGCCAAACCUGAGACUCGAAAGACACCACAACUAGGAAGCGAUGACCUGAUACCGUUUGACCAUGUCGCUGCAGGACAUGAUGGUGUCCGCUGCACACUUUCAGGCGCUCUGAUUGCGAAGCCAUGCACAAAACAAGAAGUCGACUUCUAUGAGUCGAGCACCCUCCACCCUGCAUUCCAGGAGUUCAUGCCCCUCUACAUUGGUUCGCUCUCAUCCGCUGAACAACAACAACCGUUGGCCAUUGCUGCUGCUCGAGAUUCCGGUGCCCUUUUCUUGCCCCAGUCCGGCGAUGCUGUCGUUGAAUCGCCAACACCGAGCGAGGCGCAGGCGCACAUAGCCCCGGCUCAACAAAUCCCCCCAGGCCCCACCAAGGAGGACGCAGCAUGGACUCCUUCCGGUGGCAAGAAGCUAGAUACUGGACUUUCCAUCGUGCUGGAGAAUGUGGCUUGUGGGUUUCGUCGGCCCAACGUGCUCGACGUGAAGCUCGGUGCGCGACUGUGGGCAGACGAUGCUCCGCCAGCCAAGCGCAGCAAGCUCGACGCGGUAUCCAAAGAGACUACGAGCUCCAGUUUAGGCUUUCGCAUUGCUGGCAUGAAGAUUUGGACUGGGGAGAACGGCGAGACUGACGAGGGCGAACGAACAAAUCCUUACGCUACGAAAUACGAGGGUGCAGAGGGCGAAAAAGGCGAAGUCAUUGAGAAAGACGGCUAUCGACGAUACGACAAAUGGUAUGGCCGCUCUUUCAACGCGGAUAAUGUCAAGCAAGGGUUCGAGACAUUUCUUGCUGGUGCGAAAGCCGGCACGGUGGACCGGUCACAGAUGGUUGCUCGGCGCCUAACGGAAGAAUUGAAGAAUGUUCAGGAGGUGCUUGAAUCUGAAGAGAGUCGAAUGUACUCGGCGAGUGUAUUGGUAGUGUAUGAAGGAGAUCCAGAGGCGAUGGAGGUCGCAAUUGAAGAAGAACAGAAGGUUCCAGAACGCCGUUCGCAGGAAGAAGAAGAAGAGGAAGAUGAUGAUGAUGAUGACCAGGAGUUUGAAAUUUCUGAAGAGUCAAUGCAACUGGUUGAUGUCCAGCUCGGCGAUGGAAUGCCUCAACAGGCUAUCAACAUCAGCAUUGAUCCACAGACCAUGCCCAUGCCUAUGUCAACCCUGGACGAUGAGGACGAGGAAGAUACCCCCAAGGUCCAUGACCUACGUGUGAUCGACUUUGCACAUGCAACUUGGACCCCUGGACAAGGUCCAGAUGAAAAUAUGCUCAUGGGAAUCCGCAGUCUGAUUACCAUCUUCGAGGGAAUGGCAGAGUGA